AUGGAAACAUCAAGAAGUGAGUACGAGUUUUGUCGGAAGAUUUUGGAUAACUAUGAUAAAUACAACAAUUCUUUAAAGAAUUAUCAAGCAUGUAACCAUGAUAGAAGUAAGGAAAGAGAAUUAUUUGAGAGGCCUACCACUGAUAAGCUAAAUGCUAUUAGAUUAUUCUGUGACGAAGGAAAUGCUAAAUAUCAAAAUAACGAGAUUGAAGAAGCAAUAUUGGAGUAUAAGAAUGCACUCAUCUACGUAGAUUACACUUUUCCUGAAGACAAAACUCUAGAAGAAGAAUAUAACAAACUUAUUACACGUAUUCAUCUCAAUUUAUCUGCAUGCUUUUUAAAAAUUAAUGAAUUUAAUAUGGUUAUUCUUCACUGUAAUAAUGUACUAAAAAACGAUCCUAAUAAUGUUAAAGCAUUAUAUAGACUUGCACAAGCUUAUAUAAAUAUUUACGAACAUAAAAAAGCUAUAGAAAUUAUUAAUAAUGUUUUAUCCAGUAAUAAUGAUGAUAAAUCUGCCUUUAUUAAGUUAAGAAAUGAUAUUAUCUUGAUUGAAAAUAAAUACAAGAAUUCCAACAGUGAAAAAUAUAAAGGAUUAUUUAAUAAAAAACCGAACUGUUAA